CGCUCAGCCUCAGGCUGCUGGUUGGUACGUUCCGUACCUUCGCGGGGUCGUUAUUGUCACGUGAUCAUUGGUGUCUCUGUUCCAGCCUUCCACCCCGGAGCCCUGGCGGGCAGGCAGCCAUCAUGGACGUGGCAUACAUCUGUGAGUGGGACAGAAAACCACGGACCAGCCACUGCCCCUCCAUCCCCCUAGUAUGUGCCUGGUCUUGCCGCAACCUCAUUGCCUUCACCACAGACCAGCGCAAUGAAGAGGAGAAAGAUCUUACCCACAUGAUUCACAUCCUGGAUACAGAACACCCUUGGGACGUCUACUCCAUUAAUUCGGGCCACCAGGAAGUCAUCACUAGCUUGGAGUGGGACCAGUCUGGAUCCCGCCUUCUUUCAGCUGAUGCAGAUGGGGUGAUAAAAUGUUGGGGUAUGACUGACCACUUAGCAAAUAGCUGGCAGAGCUUAGUGGGAAGUGAAGUUGAUGGUGACCCUAUUGUCGCACUCUCUUGGCUUCAUAAUGGGGUGAAAUUGGCACUUCACGUGGAGAAGUCUGGAGUUUCCAGUUUUGGCGAGAAAUUUUCUCGUGUAAAGUUUUCCCCAUCCCUCACCUUGUUUGGAGGCAAACCAAUGGAAGGCUGGAUCGCUGUUACUGUCAGUGGAUUGGUGACUGUGUCUUUGCUAAAGCCCAAUGGACAAGUGUUGACAGCCACAGAAAGCCUGUGCCGCCUUCGUUGCAGGGUGGCACUGGCUGACAUUGCCUUCACAGGAGGUGGGAACAUUGUAGUAGCCACAUGCGAUGGAAGCAGCACGUCCCCAAUACAGUUCUAUAAAGUCUGUGUGUCUGUUGUGAGUGAAAAGUGUAAAAUCGACACCGAGAUCCUUCCGUCCCUCUUCAUGCGCUGCACCACAGAUCCUGCACGCAAGGACAAGUUUCCCGCAGUGACACAUCUCAAGUUCCUUGCUCGAGAUAUGUCUGAGCAGGUGCUCCUUUGUGCCUCUAAUCAGUGUUCCAGUGUAGCAGAGUGCUGGUCCCUGAGGAAAGAGGGGCUUCCUCUUAAUAAUAUUUUCCAGCAGUUGUCCCCCGGUGUAAGUGAUAAGCAACCAAUGAUCCUGAAGUGGCGGAUAUUGUCUGCUACCAAUGAGCUAGAGCGCGUUUCUGCUGUGGCAUUGCCCAAGUUACCCAUUUCACUUACUAACACGGACAUCAAAGUUGCGAAUGACACAAAGUUCUAUCCUGGUUUAGGUCUUGCCCUUGCAUUCCACGAUGGCAAUGUGCAUAUUGUGCACAGACUGUCCCUACAGACAAUGGCUGUCUUAUUUGGUUCCUCUAUGCGGCAAUCUGAAGAACCCAGCUUAAAACGCCAGCGAUCUCCUACCCCAUGUGUACACUUUAAGGCUUUACAGAUGUCUUGGACCUCUCUCGCUUUAGUUGGCUUGGACACUCAGGGAAAGCUUAGUAUGCUGAGGGUCUCACCUUCCAUGGGACAUGCACUUGAUAUGACUACGUCACUUCGCCAUCUACUCUUCCUUCUCGAGUACUGCAUGGUGACAGGCUAUGACUGGUGGGACAUUCUGCUUCAUGUACAGCCAAAUAUGGUACACAAUUUAGUAGAGAAGCUGCAUGAGGAGUACACCAAACAGAAUGCUGCGCUGCAACAGGUCCUUUCCACCAGGAUUUUGUCCAUGAAAGCAUCACUUUGCAAGCUUUCACCUAGUACAAUCACUCGUGUCUGUGACUACCAUGCCAAACUGUUCCUCAUCUCCAUCAGCUGCACCUUGAAAUCUUUACUUCGGCCGCCUGUUCUCAACACGCCUGACAAAAGUCCAGGAGACCGUCUCACUGAGAUCUGCAAUAAGUUUCCUGACCCGGAUAUAGACAAGGUUAUGAUUAACUUGAAGACAGAGGAAUUUGUACUUGACACCCUGACCCUUCAGUCCCUGCAGCAGCUCAUCCAAUGGAUUGGUGAUUUUGUGUUGUAUCUACUGGCCAGCCUUCCAAAUCAGGGCUCCUCCUUCCGUCCUGGCCACAGCUUUUUGCGUGAUGGUGCAUCACUGGGUACACUGCGUGAAUUGAUGGUGAUGAUAAGAAUUUGGGGUCUUCUGAAACUGAGCUGCCUUCCAGUGUACACAGCCACGUCGGAUACACAGGAUAGCAUGUCUUUACUUUUCCGUUUGCUCACUCGACUCUGGAUGUGCUGCCGUGAUGAAAAUCAUCCAUGUGAACCAGAUGAGGCUUUGAUAGAUGAGUGCUGCUUGCUACCUAGCCAGUUUCUCAUCCCUAACAUGGACUGGUUGCCUCUUGGAAAUGGGUUAAUCAGCCGACUCCAGAGCAAACUGCCCCUACGCCUACAAUUUGGGAAGCCACCUGGUGCCCCCAGCCAUGCCUCUGUACAGUAUGAAGCUUAUACAAGAUCACCCACCCAACCAAAAAUUGAUCAUCUAAGAAGGCUUCAUCUAGGAACCUGUCCCACUGAGCCCUGCAAGUCCUGCACUCGAUGCGGCUGCAUAACCAUGCUGAAAUCUCCAAACAAAGCGAUAGCAGUGAAGCAGUGGGAACAACGAUGGAUCAAAACCUGUCUAUGCGGAGGACUGUGGAGAAAAAUGCCCCAUACGUAUUCAUGACAUCUCUUCUGUUUCCUCACAUGUAAAAGGACUGCUACUGAUUGUAGAGCCUGGCACUGCGGUUUGACUGACCAAAUUCCAUGUAUAGAAAUCCACAAUGUCACGCCUUGGAAUGACUCUUUACUCAUCAGCACCGUUUCAGUCCAUGAUGCAGAAGUUGCCAAGAGGCUAAACACCAGCUGUAAAUAUGAGCUUCCUUAUUAAUAAUAAAAACGGCUC